AUGGCGUCGACAUCAAAGGGUAAUUCUGCCAAUAUGGCCGCUUUACAGAGAUCUGGCUCAGGAUCUGCACCUUCGCCUUUCUUCCUAAAAGAACGUGAACGCUUGAUCACAGAUAUCGCAGAUGGAAUGGAACAGCUGCUAGGCAAUGUGAACACACUAAACAGAAAGCUAGAAGAAUCAGUUGUUGUAGGUCAAGAAUUCGAACCAAUCUCAAAUCUAUGGGGUCCAUUCGUAGAUAUGCUAACGGAUCAUGGCAUCAAACCUACCAAGCCAAGUGGCACAAACGAAGCAGGACUCAAAUCCUCACAAACAGAUGACAAUCCCAAUGCAGAGGGUCAACAAAGACUUGCAGGAUCGCUAUCGGCAAAAGAAUUGGCAGAAUCUACUGCCGCUUUGUCGGCUUCGUUGGAUGGACCAAACGGCAAUCGAUUACCGCCUGGCGUUGCACCAGGAGGAGGGACAGUGUAUGGAAUGCCGUCAUCAUCAGCAUCUGCCGAUUGA